CUAGUGGGAAAUCAGUUGUAAAAGGCCAGUCAAUGCGUUCAGAUCGUUGCUUCUGGAUCGUUCAGCAGUCUAUAUAAAUACAUUUAUUAAGUACUAAGAAAAAAUCCAAAGAACAAGCAAUGUCAAUCUGACAGACGUAAACGUCUCCAUAUCCAAAACAAAAAUAAUAAACAGCUGAGCAGCACGAAACGCGCGUGUGCAAAAUAAAAAAAAGACAUAUACAUACAAAAAAAAACCGAUUACGACGGAAAAUUUCAGCGGAGCGAACAAAGCACAAACUUGGAACGUAAGAGCCGUACAGCGUUUACGUCAUUACGUAGAUUAACAAGAACAACAAUAAAAACAACAACGUGUUUACCACCAUUCGCAAGAUGAGCAGCUCCGUGCUAAGCAUGGCACGUCCCAGUGCCACAACUAACGGUUGUGCAGCAGCAGCUGCAGCUGGCAGCACAGCAACGGCAACUGCAACGCUGCUCGCCAAACAACUAAAUGCUGCGCUGGCCACAGCAGCGACGACGAUGACGUCAACGCCACCAAAGCAACAGUUGCAGGCAGCAAGGAUCAUCGAGCUAUCGGACGUUGUCUGCUUCGAUGUGGACUCAACGGUCAUCUGUGAGGAGGGCAUCGAUGAGCUGGCAGAAUACUGUGGCAAGGGCAGCGAGGUUGCCCGUGUGACCAAAGAGGCAAUGGGCGGCAGCAUGUCAUUUCAGGAUGCGCUCAAGAUACGCCUGAAUAUAAUACGGCCAUCGCAGCAGCAGGUAGCCGAUUUCAUCAAACAGCAUCCCAGCACCCUAAGUCGCAAUGUGAAGCGUUUCAUAGCACAACUCAAAGCGGAUGGCAAACAGGUGUAUCUCAUAUCGGGUGGAUUCGAUUGCCUGAUUGCGCCCGUUGCCAACGAACUGGGCAUUCCACUGUCGAAUAUGUACGCGAACAAAAUGCUGUUCGAUUUCAAGGGCGCCUACGACAGUUUCGAUAUCACUCAGCCCACAUCGCGUUCCGGCGGCAAGGCGGAGGCUAUCGGCAUGAUUAGGAAACGUUUGCCGGCCGAUGCGCUUGUCACCAUGAUUGGGGAUGGUGCCACCGAUUUGGAGGCUGUGCCGCCGGCCAAUAAUUUUAUUGGCUAUGGCGGCAAUGUGGUGCGCACAGAAGUAUACAGACGCGCCCAGUAUUACAUAACAGACUUUGAACAGCUGAUGUGAGCUGACCAACAACAACAAAGAGGAGAAAUAGGAGCAGAAGUAGCAGGAGCAGAAAAAGGAGGAGGCGAAUUUAGUAUUGCAUAUCGGAGUGUUAUAGUUUAUAGGCAACUUAAAUAAGUAUAAAACUACAACAAAAUAUAAAUACAAAUACAUAUAUAAUUAUAUAGCAUGUGCGUUAGUUAAUAGCCAUUUCGUUAACAAUAAAAGCGAUAGUAAAAUUAAA